AUGAGGCAAUGUGUCAACACCAUCCUUUUUGUACACUUCGUAAAUUUAUACAUGUCCCCAAAUUAUGGAACCACAGAGGGUAAAAUUAUUAAUUUCCAGAAUCCUCAUUUAAGACAUGGAUGGGAGGGGGACAAAUUUACUACCCAGGGCAAUGGUGAUGAUGAUGGGCAUGAUGACAGUGAUGACGGUAAGGAUGAUGGGGAACAUGGUCUACUACAAGGACCAGAUGUGGAACAGCAGAAUAGUCGAGAAGAAUCAGCAGCACUACCACCCGUAACAUUGCCAUUAUCCGGGACAACGCCGUCACCACGAGCAGAUGCAGUAACACCUAUACCGACAGUAGCAUCAAAUAAUGAAAUAGGAGAAGGACCAAAAGAAUUACAAGGGGAUAACGAUAACAGCGUCUCACAUGUCGGGGACAUACACCAGGUCGCAGAGGACGACGCCGAGGAGAAGCGCAAGAAAGAUGCCGAACAAGAGGCUGAAGCGUUAAACAAAUGGGAAGCUGCCAUGGAUUCUGCAAGACAAAAAGCAGACGACGUCCUAAAGAAAACACGCAUCCCAAAUGUAGGAGACAAACACCAGGUCGUACAGAACGAGGAGGAGCGCAAGGAAGCUGAAGCAAUGAGGCAAUGUGUCAACACCAUCCUUUUUGUACACUUCGUAAAUUUAUACAUGUCCCCAAAUUAUGGAACCACAGAGGGUAAAAUUAUUAAUUUCCAGAAUCCUCAUUUAAGACAUGGAUGGGAGGGGGACAAAUUUACUACCCAGGGCAAUGGUGAUGAUGAUGGGCAUGAUGACAGUGAUGACGGUAAGGAUGAUGGGGAACAUGGUCUACUACAAGGACCAGAUGUGGAACAGCAGAAUAGUCGAGAAGAAUCAGCAGCACUACCACCCGUAACAUUGCCAUUAUCCGGGACAACGCCGUCACCACGAGCAGAUGCAGUAACACCUAUACCGACAGUAGCAUCAAAUAAUGAAAUAGGAGAAGGACCAAAAGAAUUACAAGGGGAUAACGAUAACAGCGUCUCACAUGUCGGGGACAUACACCAGGUCGCAGAGGACGACGCCGAGGAGAAGCGCAAGAAAGAUGCCGAACAAGAGGCUGAAGCGUUAAACAAAUGGGAAGCUGCCAUGGAUUCUGCAAGACAAAAAGCAGACGACGUCCUAAAGAAAACACGUAUCCCAAAUGUCGGGGACAUACACCAGGUCGUACAGAACGAGGAGGAGCGCAAGAAAGAUGCCGAACAGGAGGCACAAAAAAUCGCACAAGAAUCAGCCAUAAAGAAAAAACACAAAAUUAUAGAAAUUGUGGAAAAGUACUGCGAAGAAUGUCACAUUGAAGUCGAUAAUGACGAACAGGUGCUGAGCGAAAUUGAGGAACAGGGUAACGAAGACAAAGACCAUGGGGAACAAGAAGAAGAGGAACAGGAAGGUGAAGAAGUGAACGAUGCAGCAUCUGAAAAAGAAGAAGAAUACGACGAAAUCGACAUGGAGGAGGAGGAAGAACAAGAAGAACAAGAUGAUGAUGAUGGGGAUGAUGAAGAAGACGAAAUUGAAGAAAAGGAAGAAGAGGAAGCACGGGCAGACAAAGAAGAGUCAGACGAAGGAGAGACGAACACAAGAGAGACGAACAAAGGAGAAACGAACACAGGAGAAACGAACAUAGAAGAGACGAACAUAGGAGAAACGAACAUAGAAGAGACGAACACAGGAGAGACGAACAAAGGAGAAACGAACACAGGAGAACUAGAAGAAGAAAACCAACAAGGAAAGAAAAAGGCAGAUAACCCGCCCCCUAGUGACACUGUGCCUCAAGCAAAACAUCAAAACCCAAAUUCUCAAUCAGCAGAUCCGAAUGACAUUGCAACUGACAAAUGUUUCUAUGGUAUUGCUAAUUCAAACUGUAUUAAGCAGAAUGAUUCCUUUGUCCUUAACAAUAAUACAGAUGACAAAGAUGUUAAAAGGGAGUCCCCUGAUAAACCAUCCUCUGCUACAAAGAAGGACGACGAAGUCCUUGAAUUAUCACCAGGACUUAUACCCGGAUUAGACCAUGUCGCAGGAGGAUUUGCAACACCAACAUUAGAAAAAAAUAAAUACGGUUUAUGGGAUGGAACUAACGUUCCACCCAGUACUGGGGACCCCCAAGCGCCCAACCUAACCGCCGAUAUCCUUACCGCCACUACUCCCGUCCUCGCCUUCGUCACUUUGGUCACCAUCGCCCUCCUUGGUUAUUCCCUUUGGAAAGCGAGUACCAUAGGUACAUCAUCGAAUAAUGGCACAAGCCAAUAUGGCAUUACGGAUGCUAGUACAACCGUAUCGUUGAGUGAUGCAACGGAUGUGGCGACACGGGGUCAACGUAAUUUUUACGACGGUCAGUCUACGGGUAGUCCGGUGAAGAACAGGUUGUUCGAUGACAUGCGCAGAAAAUUUAAACCCAAGGUGCAUGUAAAGAAUCCAGGAUCUGUAAAGAAGAAGCCACAGGGUGCAACAGCGCAGAACAAGCUGAAGGAAUGUUGUCAGAAAUUGAAACGCUUUAAAAUGGGGAGAACAGCAUGGUCAAUACUUAUAGUAUUGUCCACACUCCUGUAUUCAUUCUUUAUGUCCAUUAUUCAGUCCUCCAUGCCGUCCGCCUUGAGCUCACUAACUGAUCUUCUUCUUGCGCUCACUGCCUUUUCUGGAAUUCCCAUACUUUUUAUAAUUAUGUAUUUGUGCGUGUUACUAUGUUUCUGCCGCUCGAAGACAGGGAAAUGUUUAUUGGAUAAAAUUUGGAAGAAGAAGGAGAAGGAGGAAGCUCCCACAGAAACGGAAAAAAAGGAAGCAGAAGUAAAUAAGAAACCGGAGACACCCAAGAAGCAGAAGGUACCUGAAAAACCAGAAGUACCUAACAAGCAGGAAGCAUCUGGGAUAUUAGAGGUACCUAAGAAACCAGAAGUACCUGAGAAGCACGAAGCACCGGGCACAGCAGGAGAAUCCGAAAAACUGGAAGCACAUAAGAAACCAGAAAAGCGGAAGCACCUAAGAAAACAGAAGUACCUGAGAAGCAGGGAGCAUCUGCAAAAUUAG